AUGAGCACCUCUGCUGGAAAGCAGAUCGUACAAUAUGGCCUUACAGAAGUCUACACGGCGACAGAUCCCCUAGUCGACAUCGUUUUCGUGCAUGGAUUGAACGGGCAUCCCCACGAUACUUGGUCUACCAAGAAGCCCGACGUCUUCUGGCCGGCUGACCUCCUCCCUGCGGCGCUUGAAGACCAAAGACCCCGAAUUCUGACCUACGGGUAUGACGCGAAUGUGACCGCUUUUACCGAUGGCGUGUCAAAGGACAAGAUACAUAACCAUGCAGAACAUCUUGCAAGUCGCUUGGUGGCCAACAGAUCGUUAAGGAAAGCCACCGAAAGGCCCAUCAUCUUCGUCUGUCAUUCCCUCGGAGGCUUGGUAGUCAAGAGAUGUUUGAUAUACUGCCAGAGCAUUCGACGUCACCAACACACCGAACGACUUCGAUCAAUCUACGUCAGCACAUAUGGAAUUCUCUUUCUUGGGACUCCUCACAAUGGCUCUGACCUAGCCAAAUGGGGCUCCUUGCUCGAGAAGAUCUGUGCUGUCGCACUUCCGAAGAAGUUCUUCGAUACGUCUCCUCAACUGGUGCAGGCGCUGCAGACCAACAACGAGACGCUGCAGAAUAUCAAUAGGCUCUUCAUUGAAAUAAUUAGCCGCUUUCACAUCUACUUCUUCCACGAGUCAAAGCCUACCGAUCUAAAAGGUACCCGAUCAUUCGUCGUGGAGGAAGAUUCCGCCGCUCCUGUCAUUGAAGGUGUCGAAAGAAUGGGAAUUGAAAAGGAUCACAGCCAUAUGUGCAAGUUCGAAGAUGAAUCAAGCCCAGGCUAUGAUGUCGUCGCCGAAGCUGUUCAGAGAUACGCCACUGCGUCCCAGUCGCUCAUCCACUCACGCUGGGAGGAAGAGAGACGAGUCGCCGAAUUUGAAAGGCAAGCAGCUGCACGUGAAUUGUUGGGUGGUGAGUACGUGAAUCCACAAGUCUCGUCCGUGGCAAUGCUAAUUCCCUGGAUAGAUAGCAUUUUUCAGACGAGCGCAGGAGCCUUGGGCGCAGUUACACCUUCUGGGAUUGCGCAAACAAUCCAGUCAAAUUCAAUGAAGGACUCUAUAAGCUCAAUCCGAAUGACUGAACAAUCUUUGACUUUAUCAUCGUCUAUUUCCCUAGUUGUUGCUCCGGUGGGCUUCCGCCCCAAUUCAAUUUUUCUUGGCUUUCAAUUGGAAAUGGACCAGCUUGCUCAAAAGCUGGCAAACCAGAGGCGGCGAGCAUUAGGGACUUGUGCCGUUUUGCUGUGGGGACCGCCAGGCUGUGGUAAAAGCCAGAUUGCACGAGAAUAUCUGUGGCGGCACCAAAGCGAGUAUCCGGCCGGCUGCUUCUGGGUCGACUCCAAGACCAAAGAAUCGCGCUCGAAAAGUUUCUGGGAUAUUGCUCAGGCUGUUGCGAUACUUGGCAACGACGAACCCCGAGACCCCGGGUGGGAUGAAUCGUCAAAGUUUGUCGACACGGUGCGGAAAUGGUUCGAAUCUCGAGAAGGCUGGCUGCUCGUAUUUGACGGGGUGACGACAGACAAUGACGAGGACAUUGAAGCGUUGGUGUCUUACAUUCCGGACCGCUCGGGUAACAACAUCAUCUACACGUCGGUGGAUCGCACGCUGGCGAAGCGGCAGAGAUUGCUCAACCCUGCCGGCGUCAAAGUGUUCCCAUUGUCACAGCACGACGCGUGUGCUCUUCUCUACAAAAACCUAGGGAUCAGAUCGCCGACUGAACUGCAGGCGAAAAAGGCUAUGCAGUUAGUGAAACACUACGAAUGUCUACCACUUGCCAUCCACGCCGCCGCCCACGCAUUAAUUGCCAGAGGCACAUCGCUGGAGAAGUUCAGUCCCGGAACUUCAGAUCAUCGACUUGCUGAUCCGUACCUGGACAUUAUCUCAUCGCUAAGAGAGCAUUCGCAUCCUGAGGCCGUCCACCUGGUUACACUACUGAGCUUUUUCGCGCACGUGAUACCAGUGGCUCUGAUUCGCUUUGGACAACCUGUGUUGCAGGAAUUUGGAAUCGAACUUCGCUCUGUUGAACAGAUAGGAAGCAUGAAGAAAGAGUUAGACAACACCAUCGCCGUUCUCAUACGCUACGGAUUGGUCGAACGGACCCUACUUGAAUACUGCAUUACACCAUCAAAAAGCUCUUUCGCGCCAGACGAUUCUAGACGGCCACGAGCCAACACUGCCGAUACCUUUGGCGCAGUGGGGACUGCUGGCGAGAUAGAGCGAAUCAAACCAAGACUGCUCAAGGAUGACUCCAGCAGCCUCGAAGGAUUAGUCGCGGCUCAUCCAGAGAGCAUGUUGGACGGGUCAUCUUCCCAUUCGAUAACCUACAGCAUCGACAUUCUCCGCAUUCACAGCGUCGUGCAAAAUGUGCUCCGGGACGAGCUGAAGCUUCGAUAUGCAGAUCAACCAGCACAUUACUGGUGGUGGCUCUGCGUCGCCUCGAAAAUGAUCUGUCACUCUUAUAUGGUCGCAGAUGCCAAAAUCAAGAGCACUGAAGGACGAGGUCUUGUUCGCGACUAUCGGGACUAUGAGACGCAGGCGGCCCGGCUUUGGUCACACUUCCCAAAAUCAUCUGCCGACGCCUCGCCGACGCUGCGCAAAACAAGGCACAACCUUCACGAAACUAUCCGAUUGAUUAAGAAGGAAAUCCAGAGGCAAUCUCCGUCACAAUCCGUUGAAAGCCUCAAUCGCCGAGUACAAUUCUCGGUGUUUGAGCGGGCCAGCAGCACCUCUUCAGAUAGUCCCGCCACUGAAAGCAGUGCUUUGACCAGGGCAUCCACCUGGACGCCCGAACAUACCGACGAUCAGACUGAAUCGCCAGUCCAGAUGCAUCUUGGGUUGGAUUUGGAUGACGACGGGUCCGAGGGCAGCUGGACAGAGAGAUGGUCGCAAUCUGGAAUGGACAACUCGAAGGUCCUGAUUCCGAGUACGAACCGAAGCCGACGUCCAAGCGAUUCUCAGAUGGACGUGACGACGCCUACGGAGGCCAGCUUCAAUAUUGCCCGUCAAUCCUCGGUUCUCCAUGCGAUCUUCCAAGGGCGACCUCACCCGGCCAAAAAACCGAAGGAUCUUGGAGAGUGGAAGCCUAUACCGAUUCCACCCACUCUCUCCCACGAACAGGCGCAGAUUCGCUCGAGAGCGUCAUCCUUCACCAGCGGCAGCGACGAUCGGACUGCGACGAGGCCUACUUCCACAGGCUCUGACGCAUCGGGUGCUCUCGCGGCCAUCCACCGCGCCAGCCCGCCUCCCGUGAGAGGAGGAAGAAUAAAAUCACCUACGCGUCCACAGUGUAUCAGGCCAACAUUGGACGAAGCACGCCUGCCACUGUCCACUAGAUCUCCCAAUCAGAAAAUGUCACCUUUGGUCACAGAGUUUCUGCCGAGUCAGUCUCUUCCAGCCUACGAUUCAUUCGAUAUCGCUCGAAAGCACAGCAGGCAUCCGCCGUCGUCACCCCGACUGAUACACACCGCAUUGAACAAUCCAGUGGCAACAAAGAUGGUUCCCUCAAUCCCGAUGGACGAGAACCUUUCGCUGUCGCGACAUUCUGAAUUUUCCGAGCUGAAGCCGCGUCUGAGACAAGAGGUUGAAGGUCGCCUCUCUGCGAAGCCGUUUCCUGGUGGCUACAGCUCACAGCCCAUGUCACGCGAUACAUCCAAGGAAUCAAACGCAUCAUAUGCCACGGCACCUCCAGCAGUACCCGGUUCGGCGUCGCUGGGCACCUCCCCGCAGAUCCGCGAGCCUUAUCUGUACAGCAGACCGGGCCUGGCCUCCAUUGACGUUGCGGCUGCUGCUGCAUGGGAUGACGAGAUUGCUAGCAUUGGCAAUUUGGAUGUGACCUCUCCGUUUGCAUCCAGUGUAUCCUUUGACGGUGCGGACAUUUUCGAGAGGCGCCACGAAAGACUUGAAAGCAGUGUCCAAUUUGGCCAGAUGUCUCCAGUUGAGCUCGAUAGGGCACGAGCGCGUGUCUCAUCGGCUCGUGGCCGGAGCCGGAAUUUCCGCAAAUUUACACCUUUAAACAGACCAAGUAUCCCAAACACCAUGGCUUCGUCCGAUCCCACAUUGCAUCUACCACGCAUCCUCUGCAUCCACGGCGGUGGCGUCAACGCAGCAAUCUUCAAGAACCAGUUCCGCGCGUUUCUGGGCCACGAAAAGCUCAAGAACCGAUACCGCUUCGUCUUCGUCGACGCGCCCUUCUUCUGCGACGAAGGCGUCGGCGUCGUUCCCGUGUACUCGGACUGGGGUCCAUUCCGGCGAUGGUUCCGUUGGCUAGAGUCUCACCCAGAGAUCGAGCCGGCCGCGUGUCAAUAUGAGCUAGAGUACACCAUUGACCGCUGCAUGGAGAGCGAUGAGGGCACGGGAGAGUGGGUGGCGACCUUGGGCUUCAGCCAGGGCGCCAAACUGGCGGCGAGCCUGCUGUACGACCAGCAACUCAAGGAGAAACCCGGGCCGUGGAAGUUUGCCGUCAUCCUCGCCGGCCGGGCACCGCUGGUCAGUCUGAGUGAAGAGGCGGAAGAACUACCAUGGAUGCAGUCCGCAGGGGGCCUGGCGGACGCGGCCGACGUCGAGAGCAUCCUCGAGCGCCCAGACAUGAAGCUGAGGAUCCCGACUCUGCACGUCCACGGCCUGAGGGACGAAGGUCUCCAUCUCCACAGGAAGCUGGUCGAAAACUACUGUGCGCCAGGGACGACGAUGCUGAUUGAAUGGGACGGGCCUCACCGCAUUCCUAUCAAGAAGAGUGAUGUCGAUAAGAUCGUCGACGCUUGGGUCGAGCUCGCCGACGAAUACGGUGUGUGA